GAGGGUUGACAAGGUGUACUUACCCAUCUUUAAUCUUCUCUUUCUUACUGUAUUUCUCUUUUCCCUUAUCUUGCAAAGAAAAAAAAAAAAACAAAAAUGAUAAAAUAAAAAUUGAAUGGACCAGAUGAAUCUACAUCUACGUAACAUAACCAAUUAGUCAAACUUAGGAAAGUCAUUUUCAGUUUCACCUAGGCUGUAUUUUUUUAUUUUCCACGUUACACAAAAUUUAGAAAUUAGAAAAUUGAAAUAAAACAAAAAAGUCUUUGGAAUUUCAGUCAUAUUUUUUAAUUUCUUAUUUUAUUUUCUUUUUCUCAUACGCGGAUUCGGCCGAAUUCUUUUUUUCUAAUUUUCUCAAUCUCAAUCUUCUUCCAUCUUUAUCUAUUUGUUCUUCUUAACCCUUUCAACAUUCAAACCAACAUAACAACAAUAACUGUUUCAUAGUUUUUCUAUUCUUGUCUAUGUUGUUAACAUAAUUUUCUCAGAAAAGAUAAAAUUUUCCCAGAAAAGAAAAUUCCACAGAUCUGAUUGUUGUCGAAAAUUUCGCAAGUUUUCGUUUUUCUUCCUUAAAAUUGAUUGAUUCACGAAAUUAUUAUCUGGGUCUUGAAGAUUAUAUUCAUAAGGGUGAAUUUUCGAAGGUGGGUUUAGAAACCCUAGAAUUUUGAUUUCAAAAUUGAAAUGGCUUCAGGGGCAAUUUUCUCGUCGCUGCGGCGGCGAAGAUCACCGACGUUGGAAGCUUUUCUUGCUCCGGUUGACUUAAGCGACGUUGCUUUGGUUCAGACUCUUGUAACGGUGGUGAACGAGCUUGUGUGUUGUUUUUCAAAGCGUUCUUUUUUCUUUCAGAGGAAAAAUACUCGUUCUUUGGUUAGAAAAAUUGAGGUUUUUCAAGUUCUUUUGGAGUAUUUGAAUGAUUCGGGUUCGUGUUCGGGUUCUGGUUUUCCACCUACAGCUUUGCUUUGUUUGAAGGAGCUUUAUUUGUUGCUGUAUAGGUCCAAGAUUCUUCUUGAUUACUGCGCGCAAUCGAGUAAGUUAUGGCUUUUGCUUCAGAAUCAUUCGAUUUCGGGUCAUUUUCAUGAUUUGAAUCAAGAGAUAUCGACUCUUUUGGAUGUUUUUCCUGUUAAGGAUGUUGGUUUGAGUAAGGAUGUUAGGGAACAGGUUGAGCUUUUGUUGAAGCAAUCAAGGAGGGCUAAGCUAUUUAUAGAUAUGGAAGAUGAUGCUCUUAGGAUUCGAUUCUUUUCGUUUCUUGAUGAGUUUGAGAAUGGGAGGAUUCCUGAUUCGGCCGAAUUGCGUUCUUUUUAUGUUGAUAAGUUGCAGGUUAUUGAUGCUGCUAGUUGUAGAACUGAAAUUGAGGCUUUGGAGGAGCAGAUUGUUAACCAUGAGGGUGAUAUUGAGCCUACAAUUUCGGUGCUUAAAGGGUUUGUAGCUAUGACUCGGUAUUGUAGGUUUUUGAUUUUCGGAUUUGAGGAAGAUGAGCUUGAUUUGGAAAAUGGAAGUCAGAAGAAGAAUCCUAAGAAGGGUUUGAUUACUCAAGAGAUUGCUGAUACAUUUUUAACUGUUCCAAAGGACUUUUGUUGUCCGAUAUCAUUGGAUUUGAUGAGAGACCCGGUGAUUAUUUCCACGGGUCAAACUUAUGAUAGGAGUUCCAUUUCUAGGUGGAUGGAUGAAGGGCAUACAACUUGUCCGAAAACAGGUCAAACGCUUGCUCACACUCGUCUUGUCCCAAAUCGUGCCUUGAGGAAUUUGAUUGUGCAGUGGUGUAGUGCUCACGGAAUCCCCCUUGAUCCACCAGAAGUUAUGGAUGCAAUGGGUGAAGCUUUUGCAUCUGCUUGUCCCACCAAAGCCGCCCUCGAAGCCAAUAGAGCCACUGCAAAUCUUCUCAUUCAACAGCUAGCUAAUGGAUCACAAUCUGGAAAGACUAUUGCUGCUCGGGAGAUUCGGUUGCUUGCUAAAACCGGCAGAGAAAAUCGUGCCUUCCUUGCAGAAGCGGGAGCGAUUCCUUAUCUUCGGAACUUAUUGGCGUCGCCUAGUUCUGUUGCUCAGGAGAAUUCAGUUACUGCAUUGCUCAACUUAUCCAUUUACGACAAGAACAAAAGCCGCAUCAUGGAUGAGACAGGUUGUCUCGGAUCAAUUGUCGCCGUGUUGAGAUUCGGGCAUACAACAGAAGCAAGGGAAAACGCUGCUGCAACAUUGUUCAGCUUAUCAGCCGUCCAUGACUAUAAAAAGAUAAUCGCGGAUGAGACCGGAGCCGUUGAAGCCUUGGCAGGGCUUUUGCAAGAUGGGACUCCAAGAGGAAAGAAAGAUGCAGUAACAGCUUUGUUCAAUCUUUCGACACACACUGAGAAUUGUGUUAGAAUGAUUGAGGCAGGAGCAGUAACAGCUCUAGUUGAGGCUUUGGGGAACGAAGGAGUUGCUGAGGAAGCAGCAGGUGCACUAGCCUUGAUCGUCCGACAGCCUUUUGGAGCCAAAGCGGUAGUCAGUCAGGACGAGGCAGUAGCAGGAUUGAUAGGAAUGAUGCGUUGUGGAACACCACGGGGCAAAGAGAACGCAGUCGCAGCAUUGCUCGAGUUAUGUAGGAGUGGAGGUUCAGCUGCAACCGAAAGGGUGGUUAAGGCACCAGCUUUGGCCGGAUUACUUCAAACCCUACUAUUUACCGGGACAAAGCGAGCAAGACGAAAAGCCGCGUCACUUGCUAGAGUGUUUCAGAGAUGUGAAAAUGCAUCUUUACAUUUUGGCGGAUUAGGUGUAGGCUAUGCAUAUGCUAGCAAUUCAGCUCAAACUAGGGAUUCAAGCUUUGUUUCGGGUGAUGUUUCAGUACCUAUGUCCAUCUCUGUACCUGUAUUAUAGUUGGUAAUGCUUCUGUAUUUGUAAUUUUUACAAUUUUUAUUAGAUGUUUUUACAGAUUCUUUCAUUGAAACAUAAAUAAUAAAAAAAUGUUAGCAAUACCAUAUGUAUUCUAAGAGAUCUAUGAAUGUUGUAAUGUUGAAUUAUAUGAAAGAUAGAAUAGAGAAUGCUCUACAAAAGAGUUUAGACCA